AUGCGUUUUGGACGUCCAGAGUUUAUAGUCGAGUCAAUGUUGAAGAAGGCGCGCAUGCUCCAACCAGUCAAGGAGGAUGACGCUGUCAGCCUUAUUGAGUUUUCAACAACUCUUUUAAACCUGACCUCUACCGCAGAGUCGUUGGAUUUGGAAAUGUACCUAAUAAAUCCUCUCUUGUUGAAUGAACUUUUAAGUAAGCUCCCCUAUACCCUGAAGUACAGGUGGGCUGAACAUGUAAAUAGAAUGCAUUUAGAAAAACCUACUGACCUGAAAGUAUUCUGUAACUGGCUUGAAAAUCAGUGUUCCAUUAUGAGUAUUUAUUUUCGUCCACCCGAGGAGACAACGCGGAAGAGAAGUGACCCUAAACCAGUUGUUACUAAUUCGCCCAACGAAAACGUUUGCAUGUUUUGUUCGGAGAGUCACGAAACCGAUAAAUGUAAGCUUUUCAGAAAAGCAGAAGUCGUGCAGCGGUGGAAGAUGAUAAUUGAGAAAAAACUGUGUUUCUUUUGCUUCCGUCGUCACCACAUCAAAUUUUGCAAUUUAAAGAAACCUUGUGGAAUCAAUGGGUGCAAACUAUCCCACCAUCGCCUUCUGCAUACUGACAGUGCCACUAAAAAUGCCCAAGAGAUCAGCUGGGACAGAGUACAGAACACUUUCAGGCAGGAAGAAAACAUCUCACAAGAAGAAAGGACUCGAAACAAAGAUAUGAAAAUCAAAACAGCACACUUAGACAGGGAUCCAAUAAAAGAAAAAGCGUUAGAGAAGGAAUGCCAACCCCUGGAGGCUAAGGAUAUGAUUCAAGACUCUGAGAAAUAUUCUGAUAUUCUUACCAGUGUCCAGACAGUCUGA